AUGGAUACUAUAUUGAACAGAAGUUCUGUGUCUUACUUUAUGCUGCUGGAGUUCUCUGAGGUUCGAGACCUGCAAAUCAUACACUUCUUCAUAUUCCUGACAUUGUACAUGACAACUGUGAUUGGGAAUCUUCUCAUCAUAUUUUCAAUAAUUUUUGACCAUCAUCUCCACACACCCAUGUACUUCUUCCUGAUCAACCUGGCUGCGAUGGACAUUGGUUCCAUUUCUGUAACCAUCCCUAAAUCCAUGGUUAAUUCCUUGUUGAAUACCAGGUUGAUUUCAUAUUCUGGAUGUGUUGCACAGGUUUUCUUCUUGCUCUUCUUUAUAGGAUCAGAUUUUGCCCUUCUUACAUUGAUGGCACAUGAUCGUUAUGUCGCCAUUUGCAACCCACUGCGAUAUGAGGCAAUAAUGAACAAAGUAGCCUGUGUAGAAAUGGUUGCCAGUGGAUGGAUUAGUGGCCUUCUCUAUGCAGUAAUACACACUGCCAGCACUUUUGCAAUAUCAUUCUGUUCCAAUGUUGUAGGCCAGUACUUCUGUAAAAUCCCCCAGUUGCUCAAGCUCUCCUGCUCUGACUUGUAUCUAGUGGAAAUCGGUGUUCUUGUGGUCAGUGUUAGUAUUGUUCUUGGUUGUUUCAUUUUCAUCAUUGUAACUUACGUGCAAAUCUUCACUACUGUGCUAAGAAUGCCCUCUGUUCAGGGAAGGCAAAAGGCCUUCUCUACUUGUCUCCCUCACCUUAUUGUGGUCUCCACAUUUGUAUUUACUGGAAUCUUUGCCUACCUAAUGCCUAACUCUAAUUCUGCAUCAGAUCUAGGUUUGGCAUUUGCAGUUAUAUAUUCUGUGGUUCCACCCAUGAUGAAUCCAUUGAUCUAUAGCUUGAGAAACAAAGAGAUCAAGGUGGCCCUCUGGAAAAUGCUGAAUUUGAAGGAUUCUUCUAAGGCUUCGUUAUCCAAAUUGCAUCCAUAA